AUGGCGCAAAUCGCCAUGAGCAGGCUCUUCCGCCAGAGCACCACCGGCUCGGUGCGCCAGUCCAUUCUGAGACCAAUGCAGGCCCGCAGCUACGGUUCGAACUCAGCAAUCCCAACUUUCACCUCAACACCCUCACCCGAGUUAAAUGAAGCCCUGGAUCGAUUCCGCAAUGAGCUGUUCAUACCUCUUGGUCUUCCCAAGCGACAGAGAAAGAGUGUUUUCAGGGAGAAAUAUGCCAAGCAAUUGGAAAAUGAGCCGAUUGUCGUGAAGAUCAGCGAGGACGAAGAGUUCACCCUCACGCCUAAGAAGCACCACGAACUGCCCUCGAAGAAAGAAGCACUCGAGGUUCUCAACAUGAUGGUCGCGACCAAGAACUUCAGCAACCUUUUCCCGUACCUCAGUGGACUCCGGAUGUCAAACUAUGUCAUCACCAGCGAUCGGUGGGAGUACAUUAUUCGCAAAACCAGCGAGGCUGGCAAGCUUUCAACCAUUAUCGAGUGCGCCAGGCAGUCUAACCGCACCGGCUUGAGUCUCAGCAACAGGAACAUCGCCCGUCGUCUGUUCUUCGAGCUUCACAAGACAGCCGCGAAAGCGGACUUCAAGGGGGUCCCAACCGUCAAAGCUCUGAGACUCGCGAGGGAGGCAGCUAGCCUGAUGGAUGCUGAGGAACACUCCGUUCCGAACAUUCAGGAAGACCCUAAACACCAGCCUUUCGUUAUCGGUACACUUUUGGAACUCAGUGCUGCCUGUGCGAAGAUCAAGGAGGCCGAUGUAUCCUUAGUCCGUGGCUACGCUCAAAAACUUGAUGCAGCCUGGUCCCGGGGAAAUUUCAAGGAUGAUGCGACUUCCCGCUUUGGAAAUGUUGAGAGAGUCGAGGAGAACCUUGCCCUCUACAACGGCAUGCGUUUGAGCCUUAAUAUGUCCAAGUUAUCAGAAGAGACCGUGGCUUUCAAGGCUCGCUGCGAUGCGCUUGAGCCUGUCCUGAUUUCCCAAUUGAAGCAAGUGAAGAACGCUGACGUGCUUGGUGACAAGGUGGUCAAGCAAUUGCUCGAGCCAAAGCUCAAAUAA